AUGUGGUCUGAAGAAUUUCCAGGUUUCGAGCAAGUCAGUACUGACGGUAGCUCUCUCGGGAACGGAAAGAAGAAGGCUACAGCUGGUGUUGGUGUUUACUUCGGACCCAAUGACCCAAGGAAUUAUGGCGAGCCCUUGGGCCCGGGCCCCCAAACCAACCAACGCGCUGAGCUCAAAGCUGUCCUGAAGGCCUUGCAAACGAUACCCAUCACGCAGAAUCUACUCAUUGAAACAGACUCGACAUACGCUAUCAUGAGUGUGACGGAAUGGUAUUAUAAAUGGGAAUGGAAGAGUUGGAGGAAGGGCAAAGGCGCGCCGUUCAAGAAUAUAGACUUGAUCAAACCGAGCGUUGGUCACUUGGAGCGGCGCGAGGCGAUAGGCAGCGCAACGUAUUUUCGUUGGGUCAAGGGUCAUACGGACAAUCCAGGCAACGAAGCAGCUGACAAGCUAGCUGUCGCAGGAGCAAGGCGCGAAUACGUACGACGUUACGGCGAACCCGAGGAGAAGGAGAGGAGGCCGCGAUGUACCUUCCGCGAGGCCCCGUUUGGCUGGAAGGUGGUGCGACACCCAGAUGGAACCGAGACCCUCGAGCCGAAUCCACAAGAAGUGAAUAACUACACGAAAAAGCAGAAGAAGGCGGCGGAAAAAAGAGAAGCUGAGCGGAUAAAGGUUUUCAAAUCUAGACGCAGAAGAGGAGGAAGCGCAGCGCAGCGUAUGGCUAUUAAAGCCGCCAGAGCAGCAGAAGCGACCAAAGCGGCCGAAGCGACCAAAGCGGCCGAAGCGACCAAAGCGGCCGAAGCGACCAAAGCGGCCGAAGCAGCAGAUGCAUGGCUCGCUGAAAUGGACCCAGAUCCGACGUCAGACGUUGCAGCACAAAGUGAAUAGUUGGUGAGGGGUUCGAUCACAUUGUCAUGGCUGACAGCAGAAGCCAAUGUCUUCGAAGCCAACAAAUCAAGAAGCGUCAAACGUCUUCCCAUCCAUACAACACUCUUCUCCAGCCGCCGAUGCAUUCAUAUCAAGGUAAAAGAACCCAACCCUGGUCUCAAUAUUGUUGCGGUUACAGUUUCGCCCGCAAGUAUAUGCUGGUGCGCUGUUCGGCACCACAGCUUCAGGGCGACGGUACUACAUUUGUAGCAUAUCCUCAAUCCAG